AUAUGUGGUGAAAAUGACAAUACACUAAUUCUCACUAGUUUCGCUCUUUCUCCAGUUCCCUCCCCUGGCGUUCUUCUUCUGUCAAAGGUGUGUUCUUUGUUGCAAGAUGAGAUUGAAUUUGGCGGCAAAUGUCCUGAUUUCUUCUCCCGACAUUUAUGGGUCAGGUAAUUUCAACAUCAAUCGUCGAAGCCCACUCCAUUUUCUCUCCGUCUUUCGUUGUUUGGGAACGAAAUCUGUUGCUAAUUGCAAUCCCCGUGAGAAAUUGAAGCUUGAUUUGGGAAACAUUAAUGGAUUGGAUGAUGCUCUUAGCUUGUACGAGACAAUGGCGGAAACGAGGCCUUUGCCCUCUGUAAACCAAUUCAAUCAAUUGCUGUCUAGGAUUGUCAAUCUGAAACAGUAUCCUGUGGCCAUACGCCUUUUCAAAGACGUCUGUAGAAUUGGGGUUUCAGUUAAUGAAUACACUAUGACCAUUGCUAUUAACAGCUAUUGCCUUUCUCACCGUGUCGAUUACGGGUUUUCCGUUCUCGCUUUGUUCUUCAAACGCUGUUUCGUACCCAAUUGUGUCACUUUUAAUACGUUGCUCAAGGGUUUGUUUCGAGAAGAUAGGAUUGGUGAGGCGCAAGAAUUGUUCAGGAAGAUUGUAAGAGAAGGGCUGUGUGAUCUAGAUGUCGUUACUUACGGGACUGUGAUCGAUGGACUCUGCAAAGCUGGUAAUUCUGCAGUGGCUGUUGAACUGCUCAGAGUAAUGGAGAAAGGGAAAUGUAAGCCAAACAUACUUAUAUAUACCAUGGUUAUUGAUUGCUUGUGUAAAAAUAGAAUGAUCGAUUCCGCAUUGAAGCUGUUCGAUGAAAUGCCUGAGAGAAGCAUUACACCUGAUGUUUUCACUUACAGUGCGUUGAUACACGGCUUUUGUGAUGUGAGUCGGUGGAAAGAAGUUAAAAUGUUGCUAAAGGAGAUGAGUGAUUGCAAGAUAUAUCCAAAUGUGGUGACGUUCAAUACUAUUGUCGAUGCUUUAUGCAAGGAAGGUUUGGUGGAUGAAGCGGACGAUGUGCUCCAGAUCAUGAAGCAGAAAAACGUGGUUCCGAAUGUAGUCUCGUACAACGCGUUGAUGGAUGGAUAUUGUCUGCAAGGACGGAUGAAUGAAGCUCGUAAUAUUUUUGAUUCUUUGUCUAGCGAGAAUAUUGCUCCUAAUGUUCGAAGCUAUACCAUUUUAAUCAACGGAUAUUGUAAGAAGACGAUGACAGACGACGCAGUGCACCUCUUUCGUGAGAUGCCCAAUAGAGGGUUGAAGCCCAAUCUUGUUACGUAUAAUUCACUAUUACACGGGCUGUUUCGUGGCGGCAGAUGCUCGUGUGCACUGAAGCUAUUUGACGAGUUACAAGCUGCUGGACUGAAACCCGACUUCUAUACGUAUUGUAACUUGUUGGAUGGACUAUGUUCGAAUGGGGAUGUUGAAGAGGCAUUGUCGUUGUUGAAUGCAUUGGAGAACAAAGGCGAGCAUCUUCAUAUCGGUUACUACGGUAUCGUUAUCGAUGGAUUAUGCAAAGCUAAGAAACUCGAUGCGGCUCGAGAUAUUUUUAACGAUCUUCCUUGUAAAGUAUUGAAACGUAAUGUGGUAACCUACAAUAUCAUGAUAAACGGGUGUUGUCAAAACGAGCUAAUUGAAGAAGCUAAAGAUAUUCUUGUGAAGAUGGAACGAGAUAGUUUGUCGCCCGAUGGGGUCACCUACAAUUGUAUUGUACAAGGAAAUCUAAAGAACGGAAAAUACGAAGAUGCAGCGCAGUUUCUCGAGGAAAUGGUUUCGAAAGGGUUCUCCCCGGAUUCAUCUACUUUUUCACUGAUGCUCGAUUUACUCGGGACGAACGAACACGAGCCUACAAUUUUUAAAAUGAUCCAAAAGUUCGCUCCUACUAGUUUAAAAACAAAAACUACAAUCAUGUGCAUUAUUUAAGUAUGUGGAAGUUGCAUAAGGUGAAGUUGGUCAAAUCACUAUUCCAGUUUAAUUGCUUUCUGCACCCUCGUAAGUUUCUGCGACGUCAACUUGAUCCUCCCUUGAGAUGAUUUGUUUUUUAAUAAGUAAAUAUGUACUCUAAACUAUUGUGAUAAACAAUUGAAAAUUGAAUUGCAUUUGGUGAA